UGUGGUCCACCCGUUCUUUGCCGGCUCCAGAGAUUCCCCACCUGAUUCUUGAUUUGAUCUUAUCUCAUCAGCGCGGGUCCCGCUCUUCUAGAACUUUUUUCUUUUCUUCUUUUCACACCCUCUCUCUUUCUUUCUCUUCUCCUACCGCUCAUACCCAUUCCUCCUCUCUCCUCUCACAGACAUCAUGACUUCCCCCUCUACUAUUCCUCAGCGCUUCCUCUCCAAGCCCAACCAACUGGGCGUGGUCGCCGUUGGCUUCAAUGGCGGUCAGUGCAAGAUGGGCGUUGAGGCUGCUCCCAUGGCCCUCGUCCAAGCCGGCCUCCUCGAACAGCUGCGCGAAGACCUCGGAUAUGAUCUGCACUAUGACGACAAGGUGCACUACUACGAGGACAAGAUGCCGGCGGAGGACCCCGACCACCGCGGCAUGAAGAAGCCCCGGGCGGUGAGCGCCGUCACCGAGGCCCUGAGCAACCAGGUCUACGAGCACGCCAAGGAGGGCAAGUUCGUGCUGACCCUGGGCGGCGACCACUCCAUUGCCAUCGGUACCAUCUCCGGCACGGCCAAGGCGAUCCGCGAGCGUCUGGGCCGCGAGAUGGCCGUCAUCUGGGUGGACGCUCACGCCGACAUCAACGUGCCGGAGAUGAGCCCCAGUGGAAACAUCCACGGCAUGCCCAUGGCUUUCCUGACGCGCCUUGCCCGCGAGGAGCGCCCUGAUAUCUUCGGCUGGUUGAAGGAUGAGCACACGGUCAACACCCGCAAGCUGGUCUACAUCGGUCUGCGUGAUGUCGACCGCGGUGAGAAGCAGUUGCUGCGUGAACAUGGCAUCAAGGCCUUCAGCAUGCACGAUGUCGACCGCUACGGUAUCGGUCGCGUGGUUGAGAUGGCGCUGGCGCACAUCGGUAACGACACUCCCAUCCAUCUGUCAUUCGAUGUCGAUGCGCUGGACCCCCAGUGGGCGCCCAGCACGGGUACCCCCGUGCGCGGUGGCUUGACCCUGCGCGAGGGUGACUUCAUCUGCGAGUGUGUGCACGAGACGGGCAACUUGGUGGCGAUGGACCUGGUGGAAGUCAACCCCAGCCUGGAGGAGGCCGGAGCCAGUGACACCAUCCGGACGGGCUGCUCGCUGGUGCGCAGCGCUCUGGGUGAUACCCUGUUGUAGAAAGAUAAAGAUUUCUUUAUAGUGUCUGUAUACUAGAGAGAAAGAGUUAGACGGAUAUGAUAUGC